ACAAGCCCGAAGGAACCAGGCUGUGCUGUGUUUGUCAGGUGUUCUGGUUCGGGUAUCGGGCAAGCAUCUUCCGGACCGGUUUCUAGCCCUUGUACAAGUGUGUGGGUGUAUUGCUUUUUUUUUCUUCUUCGUCUGUUCCGCUUAGCAAACCGCCCAAUUUACUUUGCAUGUAUUCAUUUGCGUUCACUCUUGCUUUUCUUCCCACCGUGACCAGUGAUGCCGAUGUAGCAAAGAGCACUGAUCUUUAAACAUACGGGAUUCCCUAAGGGAAGGGAAGAAGGCACCACGAGCGAAAUGUGGUGGCAUUUACUUGAAUUCUGAACUUUAAGUAAUUGUGCAAACAGCUCGUGGAAUAGUAAAUAAGAAAAUAUCAAAACUCGAAACAUGACGUGUGAAACGUCAUCCGUGGGAGCUAAACUAAGCAAAGCACCAAACGAUCACCCGCGGGGGAAACAGAUCGAACAGGUGUGUAUAACGGUUGAGCGGUAAGGGGAAUCCAAGCACGGAGAUCGCACAGUGUGCAGAAGCGUCUUGUGUUCAUUUUUGCUGCGUGUGGGUGGAAUGGUUAGUCCUUAACGACAAGUGGUCUUGUAGGUAGCGGUAACAUAUGUCCACUCGUUAGCGCGAUAUACUCGCUUAUCAACAAUUCAUGGUAGAACUGGUCCAAAAAUGGAAGAACUAAAAGAGGGGAUUCGCCAUGGUCUUUCUGCUCUGACGUAAAUCGAUUUCGGGUUUUCGAUGUUCUCAUUUUAUCACGUCUGGAUCGUUAUGAUUUCUAUUCUACCAUUGCAUAAGGCUUUCUCUUUUGAAGAAGUAGAAGUGCCUUUACCAGCAAUACGUCAGGCUAAAGACCUCUUUUCCACUACGUAUCUAAUAGUUUAAUCGAUUCAAAACACAAAUUACUAAUCACACCUGUCAGAGUUAUUUUAGCAGUUAGUGUUGCAGAUCAAACCACUGAUCUUGACCUGUCUCUUCAUCUUAUGGUUGAAUAACUAAGCGCUCUGCCUAAUAAAGGAAUGGUAUUGUCAGACGUGUAAAAAGCGAAAAAGAAUUAUAAUAUAGAUAAUAUAGAAAUUGUACAUUACUUUAAUUUAGUUUUAUACAAACUCAUCGAUUUGUAGUUAUUGUUAGAAAAUACAUGAAAUGCAAUAAAAAGCGCAACAUUUAGUGAUAAAAUUUUAUUGCUAAUAAUAAUAGCACUCGGCCAAUCUAUCUCCGCAACACCGUCACCGACAUUUGACAUCUACAAAGCUAUCUCCGUGGGGAGACACCUCUUUGCUUGCCGCCAUGGAUCGGUAGAUGAUGCUGUUGAUUCGUUCACCCGAUAGUGGAAUUGUUGGCGAAGCGUUUGGGCUUGACCGUGCGAAACGGGGCAGCGAAACGUUUCGAUCCGUAUAUCAAGUUGAUCGUUCGCCGCAUCCUCUUCCCCAUCUGGGUUCUUCUGCAGAUUAGCUCCGAUGCUCCAGAACAAGUGUGUACCGGUGUUCGGAGUUGCUCGAGAAAGACAAUCUCGGCGAUGUGAGAUAAAGCGGGUUUGCGUACGAGUGGUUGAAUGAGAGAAAACGAGCAGUGUGGUGUCGGUUGCGGUGCCGGUAGCAAAGCGUAAGAUUUGAGCGGGGGAACCAGACCCAAAAAAAGAAGAUCGCUCGGUGGAACCAGUGGACACUGUGCGGUGUGCUUUAUUUAGUUUAUUUUUUCAUUUUCUCUUACUUCGCGAGGUUUAGGGGUUUGGUUCACUAUCGUUUUGGGGCACGUCAUGUUUUGUUGAUUCCGGUAUAAAGUGCUUAUCCGUCCGUUCGGUCUGGUUUAGUUUGUCACCGAAACUGAUCCUUUACACAUCGCAUCGCCCCACCCGUCAUACGGUGGUGAGCUAGACUGUGCCGUAUCCUUUUUCUUAUUAGCUAAUACCGCGUGUUUCGUGUAUCUUCAUAACACGUGAGUGUGGUGAUCGCGUGCACGUUUGCUGGUGUGAAACGGUGUGUGUGUCAGUGUGUGUACAUGUUUAUUGUGUCAAUUAGAUAGAUCGAAAUAAAAAAAACUCACGCUUUGAGUGUGAUACAGACCGCCUAUCAGUGAUCAGUUGGAAGCGAUACUUGAGCAACAAUGAAGCAUCUUCUAUGUGGAAUGGGUAUACUGUGCAUUGCACUGGCAACGCUCCACGCAGCGCGUAUUAAGAUACCGGCCAAAAGCCGCAACGAUGAUCUAUUCUCCGAGGAUGAGUUUACGUUUCCGGUCGAAGAUAAGAAGGAUCCAACCAACUUUACCGGUAACGUUAUGAAGGCAUCAAUCGUGAUGGCGGAGGUGCGCAAUCAGGGCAAGGGAAAGUUCAAAUAUGCCGUAGAGACGGAGAACGGGAUCGAGAUUGAGCAGAUUGGAAAGUUAAAAAAUGAUUCGAAAACGUUUGUUGUGAUGGGAUCGUACACAUAUACCGGUGCUAAUGGUAAACGGUACCGAGUGCGCUACACUGCCGACGAGUUUGGGUACCAUCCGAUCACCGAGCUUGAUCUGGAAAUUCCUGAUCUAACUCAAGCACAACCAACGCAGCGAACAAUUAGUCCGUACAAGUUUACGACACGUUCAACAACGCCUCGUACGACUACAACCACUACUACCACUACUACCACUACCACCACCACUACCCCAAAACCAGCGCUGGAGGAGGAUGGCUAUCAUUACGACCGUCCCGAUAAUGCGUAUCUACCACCGAACAACGAGUAUUUGCCACCGCAAGAACCGGACAUUGACUAUCUUCCCCCGAAGAAGGAUGGUCCGCGAAGGUACGAGGAACCGGCCGACCAGUUCCUUCCACCAAAGUUCGAUCUACGUUUGGGUGACUAAACUAAACGGUACUGCCGUUCACAAGGCAGCACAAGGGAGAAGGUACAAAGUACAACAAAGUAAAAGAGAUUAACAGCGAAUGUUAAGAACUGUACAAUAAGAGAUAUAUAAUUAAAAAAAGAUGUAAGAGUUAACAAAAAAAAGCAGAACAGAUGUUAUCAAUAUGUUCCAAGAAGAAUGAGAAUUUCGAACGUGGAUAUACUAGGUUAUGUGUUCUGUCUCCGGUGACAGCAAUGUGACGCGUUGUAGUACGAGUUGUACUAUGGUUCUAGCGAUUAUGCACAAUAGAUGUAUCAAGGAACACGUCCAAUAAAUCCCACAGUACAAAUUCUGCUUCAAAAUAUAGUUUUCUAUCGUUCUCCAAUGUGUUUAUCUGAAUCAUAACUAUUUAAAGGGGCGUUCUUGCAGAGUGAAGCUCGGUUUCUGUUUUUCCAGAAGCCUGUCCUGCUAAUCCGGCGUCCCUCAAGGAAGCGUCCUCAGUCCUCUUCUGCUUGCUCUGUUUAUCAAUGAUGUCUGUAAUGUCUUACCUUCCGAUGGCCAUCUUCUUUCUCCUCUAUCUCCUCGUGUAUCAACCUUCAACGUCAUCCUGGCUUGUUUUCCGUUUGGUGUUCUUCUAACUUCCUCCAACUAUGUCCAGCUAAAUGUUCUAUUAUUUCGAUUUUCCAUUCUUAAUCCCCUAUUUCCUUCAACUACCAAUUCUACGACUUUCCUCUUACUCGCGUCUUCUCCAUCCGUGACCUUGGGAUGAUUCUCGAUGCCAGGCUGCACUUUAAACUCCAAUUGGAUGAUGUUUUACUCAGGGCCAAUAGAUCCUUGGGAUUUAUCCUCCGUGCUUCCUCCGAUUUUAGAGACCUGACAUGCUUGAAAACUCUUUUUCACAGUCUAGUGCUCUCCAUCCUUGAGUAUGCUAGCGUGAUCUGGAGUCCUUCUAGCAUCGAAGGUGGAACUCGAAUCGAGAAUGUUCAGAGAUAUUUCUCACGAGUAGUGUUCAUACGUCUACACCGGGAACAACUACCUCCGUCCUACGAAGCACGUUGUCGGCUCCUUGGCCUAACUACUCUAGGCCAAAGACGGCAACUGGCUCAAGCAUGCUUUGUGGGUGGUCUGCUUAAUGGUUCCACUGAUGCUACUGAACUGUGUUCCUCUGAAUGUUUAUAUGUUCCCUCCCUCUCUAUUGCCACAACGAUCCACUUUAGAUGGUUUAACUACUUUUCCGAUCAUUUUGAUUUUAACUCUUCCUUAGCCUCUUUCUGUGCGCGUGUUCGUUCCCAAUUUUAAUGGUUCCUCUCUCUACUAUCAGUCCCUUUAACCCCUUUCCUUUGUUCCCGCUUCGACUUAUGAUAGUAAUGCUUCAUAUAUUUUGUAAUGUAAUAAGCUUUAAAAUCACAGUACUAAAUUUUAAAAUCAUAGCUUUAAAAUCACAGUACUGAAGGCUAAAGAUGUUGUCCGUUUGAAAUCUCAAAUGGUUAUGACUUUAUUUGCCCGUUGUUCUUUGACGUUUACAACUCGGCCAUCCUGAGAUUCGAAUUGACCUCAAUUCUAUUUUACUUAUAUGACUAUAAUUAAGGUAUUGUGUUG